AUGGCGCUUCAACUCAAGUUCACUCAUGGUCCACACAACAUCCAUGUCCACGUCCCAGACCUGCGGCCAGCGACUAUUUACGCAAGGUUCUCGAGCGAGUUCCCGGACGCAUUGACGCCGACUUCUACGUCGACUGCGACUCUGACACUCUGGUGGCUCGAUAGCGACGGCGACUGGAUCGAGAUUCGACGAGGUAUGCUUGUCGUUGUUCACGCGCCCCGAGGAGAUUUACGACUCCUUGUGUCGAUGAAUGACAAGGACUUUGAGCAUAUUCUGUUGAAGAUCAUGAACAAGAGCGGGAUGGUGCAUAUUCAGUCAGGGUUCACCAGCGGUUUGCCUCCAAUUUCCAACAUCUUGAUUGUUACAAAGCCCGACCCGAAAUUGUCCAAGCUGACAAAGGAGCUGUCCGUCUGGUUGAUCGAUACCUUCCCCGGGAUCACGCUCUUUGUCGAUCAGAAGCUGCAGGGUCGGUCCUCGUUCAAGUAUCAAGAGAUUCUGGACCAGAACCCCUCAUGGAAAGACCGAUUGCAGUUCUGGACAGAGGAUUGUCAGGCUUGUAAAGACAAGCAGAUCCACCUCGCGGUUACCUUGGGAGGCGAUGGCACUGUGCUCUAUACAACCUGGAUGUUCCAAAAGCGUGUGCCACCCAUCGUCGCGUUCCACUUGGGAAGUCUGGGAUUCUUGACCAACUUUAGUUUCGACAGCUACCGACCGACAAUGUCCAACAUCAUCCGAGGUGAAGGAAUGAACUUGAAUAUUAGGAUGCGUCUCCAGUGCUCCGUCUACAAGUACAAGGAGGAUCCAAGCCUUCACAGCCCACUCCAACAGCAACCUGAUCAAUUGCUGCACGUCAGUGGACUGGGCGUACACGACAUCAGCAUUGAAUCUGUGACCACGUCGACUCCAUCCGCCCAAACCGCGAGGGGUUCAGAUGAUAGUGAUGAUGAUGGGGAUGAGUCGCGUCGUCAACGGGUUGAAUCCCGCCAAAAGGCCGAGAUCUUGCGGCGCGUCAAGGAGAUGGAUUCCAAACGUGGGACUGAGGUGAUGGAUCUGGGCGUUUGUCAUGAGAAAGGACACACUUUGAUUACAAGAGUUCCUACCCCCUCUACACGCUUCGAUGGUGUCAGUGGGAUCGGUAUUGGCUUAGGAGGAGCGGACGGUGAGGAAGUGAUCAAGCCCACGGACACCUGGCAGGUACUGAAUGAGGUGACCAUUGACCGUGGUUCAAAUGCUAACAUGCUACAGUUGGAGCUGUUUGUGGACGGGAACCAUGUCACCACCAUCUUGGCCGAUGGACUCGUCAUCGCCACUGCCACCGGAUCUACCGCUUAUUCUUUAUCUAUUGGCGGGUCGUUGAUCCAUCCAGACAAGAACUCAGUCAUUAUCUCUCCGAUCGCUCCACAUUCCUUAACCGCACGGCCCAUGAUCAUCCCAGGAACAAAGCACCUCCGCGUCGGUGUCCCAGCAUCAAGCAGGACAACAGCAUGGGCAUCAUUCGACGGCCGGCACCGCCAGGAACUGGGCAAGGGUGACUCGGUUAUGAUCACGGCCUCGCGAUACCCAGCUGCAACCAUCUGUCGUCGGGACCAGAGCACGGAUUGGUUCACGGGCUUGACCCAAGUCUUGAAUUGGAACAGUCGUGUCCUCCAAAAGCCACUCGGGUCCCAUCUCUGA